GUCGGCGGCGGCGCUUUGCGGCCGGUCGUGCGGGUCGGGCGCGGGCGGGCGCGGCGGCAGUGGCGCGCACAGGUGACUGACUGGCCAGCUGGCUGAGGGAGCGCCUGGUCCUCAUCGCUGGCAGGUGGCGGAGUCCAUUUGGGCGGCUGCGGCGGCGGCGGCGGUGGCGGCGGCAGCGGCGGCGUCCCGACUUGGGAGGAGUUCCUCCAGCCAAGGCCAUGGCCCCGCGGCUGCAGCUGGAGAAAGCGGCCUGGCGCUGGGCGGAGACGGUGCGGCCCGAGGAGGUGUCGCAGGAGCACAUCGAGACCGCCUACCGCAUCUGGCUGGAACCCUGCAUCCGCGGCGUGUGCAGACGAAACUGCAAAGGAAAUCCAAAUUGCUUGGUUGGGAUUGGUGAGCAUAUUUGGUUAGGAGAAAUAGAUGAAAAUAGUUUUCAUAACAUUGAUGAUCCCAAUUGUGAGAGGAGAAAAAAGAACUCAUUUGUGGGCCUCACUAACCUUGGAGCUACUUGUUAUGUCAACACAUUUCUUCAAGUGUGGUUUCUCAACUUGGAGCUUCGGCAGGCGCUGUACUUAUGUCCAAGCACUUGCAGCGACUACCCGGCGGUUGGAGAUGGUAUCCAAGAAGAGAAAGAUUAUGAGCCUCAAACAAUUUGUGAGCAUCUCCAGUACUUGUUUGCCUUGUUGCAAAACAGUAAUAGACGAUACAUUGACCCAUCGGGAUUUGUUAAAGCCCUGGGCUUGGACACAGGGCAACAGCAGGAUGCCCAAGAAUUUUCAAAGCUCUUUAUGUCUCUUUUGGAAGAUACUUUGUCUAAACAAAAGAACCCAGAUGUGCAGAAUAUUGUCCAGCAGCAGUUCUGUGGGGAAUACGCUUAUGUAACUGUUUGCAAUCAGUGUGGCAGAGAGUCUAAGCUUUUAUCAAAGUUUUAUGAACUGGAGUUAAAUAUCCAAGGCCACAAACAGUUAACAGAUUGUAUCUCGGAAUUUUUGAAGGAAGAAAGAUUAGAAGGAGACAAUCGAUACUUUUGUGAAAACUGUCAAAGCAAACAGAACGCAACAAGGAAAAUCCGACUCCUUAGCCUCCCUUGCACUCUGAACCUACAGCUGAUGCGUUUUGUCUUUGACAGGUCAGUGCGUGCAGGCUCAAGAUACAAGAAGAAAUAUUGUUAUCCAGAAUUUCUUUCACUGUCUCCCUUUCCUUCUCCAGGUGGGUCCUAUGUGUAUGAACUGAGUGCGGUCCUCAUACACAGAGGCGUGAGCGCUUAUUCUGGCCACUACAUUGCCCACGUGAAAGAUCCACAGUCCGGUGAAUGGUACAAGUUCAAUGAUGAAGACAUAGAAAAGAUGGAAGGGAAGAAAUUACAACUAGGGAUUGAGGAAGAUCUAGCAGAACCUUCUAAGUCCCAGACACGUAAACCCAAGUGUGGCAAAGGAACUCACUGCUCUCGAAAUGCGUACAUGUUGGUUUAUAGACUACAAACUCAAGAAAAACCCAACACAACUGUUCAAGUACCAGCCUUUCUUCAAGAGCUGGUCGAUCGGGACAAUUCCAAGUUUGAGGAGUGGUGCAUUGAAAUGGCCGAGAUGCGUAAGCAAAGUGUGGAUAAAGGCAAAGCAAAGCACGAAGAGGUUAAGGAGCUGUACCAAAGGUUACCUGCUGGAGCUGGUCUGUAAGAUAUUCUGGGACUGCACUGUUGCCAUUGAUGCCUUGUUUCUUUUACGUUCACAAAUGUAUAUGAACAAGCUUUUCUCUACCCUUUCUUAUAACCCGCUCAUGCCAGCUGAUACCCUCUAAAAGUGCUUUGUAAACCAGUCAUAACUUGAUGUGUAGCAUCAAGCAUAUAAUGUGUAGCAUAGAAUUUUCAUUACCAUGUACUUUUCAAAAUGGGAAGCUCUUAAUAAAUUAUAAGGCUAAGGUCAGCACUCUGCAUAUAUGACUCUUAGAAAUAUUUCUAUUUUGUGAGAGAUUAAUUUGUUUUUAAAGAAAAAUGGGAUUGGGUUACUAUUGGAAGCAGCUCACCUAUUCUGUUUCCUUGAAUGCUUUGUACCCUCACAGUAUGAACAGGCAUUCUUUUAAUGAAUAUUGUUUUUUAUGAUACUAUUGGAUUAAUUUAAAAUUUAAUAUCAAAUAUUAUGCUAAGAAUAGGGAAGCAUUCUGCUGACUUCUGAUUUCUUAAGAAUUGUCCCACAUAAUCCAGCUCAUCCCUUUUUUUAUUGUAUAUGUUUAUGCAAGUUUACCUAGUGCCUCAAAAAGGAAACCUCAACUUUUUAAGGCUGGUACGCCAUUUGUAAUACUAUGCUGUCUUUGUCAUUUCAUAGACAUGAAUCCCCCAUACCUAGUUCCUACUUAAAGGAGAGGCAAUUUAAUCCUAAUUUUAGAAAAUAAAUACUCAAGCAUAA